AUGACAACACAUUUAUCACCAAAAAAGUUAUUACUUCAAUUAUCUGAACAUUUAUCUUCAAUUGAUACUCUUGAUAAAACAUCGUAUGAUGAAUUUGUUAAAUUGUAUUACAAAAUGUUAACAACAUUAUCGAACCAUGGUAGUACUAUUAAAGUUGCUGAGGAUGAAAAUGCGAUCAAUAAUAAUGAAUCACCAAUCGAUUUGAUAACUCCAUUGUUAAAGUUUAUAAAUAUAAAUUCUAAUUACGGACAGAAAGACGCCACUGAGUUAAUAUACAUCCUAGCACGAUUGAUAUGGUAUUAUCUCCAUCACCGUUCGUUGUUAAAUUUGGAUGUUUUAUUGACAGUAUUUGCUUCGUUGCCAUAUAAUCAGUUUUGCCAAAUGAAUCAUAUUCAUCAAUCUGAAGUUGUUUUGAAUUAUACUGAUUAUUUUAUGAUAUUCAAUUUUGACACCGACAUCAAUAAUAAAACUAAUGAAUACUUGAAAUUUUACACAAGUUUUGUUGUGUUUAUUAAUAGGGUCAUCUUCCAAUUUCAAUCUAUUAUUGAAAAUUGGUAUAGUAAUGAUAUGAAAAAUGUCAACAAAGUGUUGCUGUUAAUGAAUGACUACCCAGAUGGUAAAAUUUGGGUUAGUUUAUUGUUUAAAAAUUGGAAAAAUACACUUAAUCAACCCACCAACACUAUCAAAAUAAUGGAAUACUUAAAACUGACAGAUUCAACUUUGAUUUCCUAUUAUUUUCAGAAAAAUUUACCCAACUCUAAUGAUUUACAAGAAUGGAAUCUUGACAAUUUUCUCAAAUUUAUUUUGCAAAUAUUAGAUCAUUAUCCAAUGACUCCUAACAAUGUUGUUACGCCCUGGUUAUUUAAUUAUAAAUUUAUUAACAAAUUACAAUCAUGUAUUGGUGUUAUUCAAACUUCUAGCAAAUUUGACAUUAUAACUGAAUUUAACUUAUUGAAUUGCAAAGUAUCAUUUAUUAUGAGUUUAAAUUAUUUAAAUUUUAUAAUUUCCCAACAAAUAUUACAAAAUAAGUUUAAUGAUAGGUUGCCUGAUUGUGUUGUUCAACAUUUUAAAUCGUUUCAAUUACCACCAUUGUCUAAAUCAAAUGAUUUUGUUAUCAAGAGUGAAUUUAAUGACAGUAAUAAGUCACCGUCAUCAGCCUCAUUAGAUAGAAUAUUCACAAUGAUUGAACAGAAUGAUUGUUCUCAAAGUUUGAUUAUGAUUCAAUUCCAGAUAUUAACUUUGAUUGAUAAAUUAAUGCUUGAUGAAUGCAAAUCAAUUGAAUAUAUUAAUAAUCAACAACUCGUUAUUAUCGCUGAUAAGACUGAAGAUAUUGAUCAAAAAUCCUUAUCGUAUCUAUUGCAGGAGAAAAUAAUUUUAUCAUAUCUUGAAUUAUUUAUGGUUAGUUUGAUCGCCCCAUUAUUGUUGAUUAAUAAUUUCAACAAAAAAACGAAAACUUCUUCAACAGCCAAUGGUGAAACUCAAUUAGCAAAACAAUACCAAUCAGAUUUGAUUUUCCAGAUCUUUAAUAAAAUUCUAAAUUUAAAUUAUAAAUCAUUACCCAAGAAUAAAAUUUGGAUUUGUUUAAUUAAUAUAAUCAAUGACAUUUGUUAUACGGAUUUACGUUAUAUUGAAUUGUUUAUUGAGUUAUUUGAAUAUCAAUUAUCUCAUCACAGUAUUACGCAAAACAAUAAGCAAAAUAAAUGCGAUAAAGAAAAACCCGAUUAUUUAAAAGAUGAUUUAAUCAAUAGCGGUUUAAAAUUUUUCAUUGAAACUUUCAAACCAAAUCAUCAAUGGAAUGAUAAUAGUAAUAAAAAUAAUUCAAAACGUCAAGAUAGUAAUUCAAAUCAAUAUCAACAGCAUGGGCAAGUAGAUGUUGAAAACACACCAUUAUUCCAGAUACACCUUGAUGAUUAUAAAUUUCUUUAUUCUGGAGAUAAUUAUAAUAAGUUUAACAUGUCGAAUGUUUUUCCUAUUCACAAUAAUUUCACCAAUACUAGUUCAAACACCAUGCGAGGCAAGUAA